CCGGUGUUUUGGUUCGGCUAAAGUCGGCCGUCUUCGGUCUAAACAAUUGCCCGUCGUCUUGAAAAAUUUAUUUUGACGUUUGUGUGUGAUGGUAGUUGGUUUUGGUUAUGUGUUGUGUUAAUUAAAAUUAGUUUAAUUACCCUAUUACUCAUGACAAUCUUAAUAAUCUCACUCACCUGUUGCUCUACUUGUAAUAAGUACUAACACAAUUGUAACCGUAAGUGCUUCCGGCCUCGCAAUGCAUUCAACCCAACUGAAAUAACAAUGUACAAACCCCCCGAAAACACCAACCGGGUCAAAUCAAUCAAAACUCGAUUCGAAAAUGAGGCCCAAAGACAGCUCUCGAGACAGCUCAGCGACCCCUCAAAGCGCAACAUCAAGCGCACCCCAGCCUUCCGAAUCGACCUGAACUCGGACAAAACCGCCUUCCAGCGCAACACCCAGUGCAACCGCAGCUUCUACGCGGAUAAAAUCACAGCUUUGCGGGCCUCGCCCCCCGUGAGCCCCAAACCGCCCCUCACCAAAUCCAAGUCCGACUUCGCCCUCAUCCGCAGCAAAUUCGACCCGAAAGCCCUCUACACCGAACCGGUCCCCAAAGCGCUCCGACAGCCCCCUGACAUCCACCAUGCGCAAACGCUGCGUGUCUCCGAGCCCCCCGGACUCACUGACACGCUGCGCGCCGCCCUCAAGCGCCCCCUGCCCGCCGGGCCCGCCCCCCGCAAGCCCCCACGGACCUUCGAGCACACACCAGUAAAAAACAGCUCGUUUUUGCACCAAAAACAACAAACCGAUCGAAAACAUGACCCUAGAUAUAUGCUGAGUAGGCUGGAAAAUGCCCUCAAAAACAACAAAAUCAAAAAACAAGUGAAAGUCGAAACGUCGACAACGUCGGGGGAGGAUAGCGACGAUAGUGUUUUGUUUAAGAGCAAAUCGCCACCAACGCCUGAUAAAAACAACUUUAAUUUCAAUUGUUUAAAUGGGGGUUGUACGGCCACCUAUGAUAAGAUAAAAGAAUCGAAAUCGGAGUUUUUUGUGAAAAGUUACGACGAACCGGUUUAUGCUGAACCGUUUCAUUUUGAUGAAGUGCGACUAAAGGAUAAAGGGGCCAAAAAAAGUCUCUAUUAUAUGAGCACUUCGCUUAUAUGUGACGAAGAAAAUUGUUUAAAUAAUAAUAACAUGGACGAGGUAAUUGAUGUUUUAAAUAAGAAAAACCGCGACGUUAAUUUUUUACAGGGUGUCAGUGGCAGGGAUUUAACCAAGGAGAUGUGUUGUGAAAAUUCGUCCCAAUCGUCCUUCGAUUCGGCCGUUUCGACCCCACAGGACGAAACCGACACAAAAAUCAAACAUUUAAUCAACAAAUUCGAACCAAAAAACGACACGCCAAACCGAAUCGAAGAACUUAAAAUCUCGCUGCAAAAAACCCUAGAUAAGUGUUUCGAUUCAGACUCUGAAGUACGAAAAGUCGACUCUUUAACCAACAAAUUCGAAACCUACGUCAAGACAAUGCCGAAAUAUCGCACAAAAUUGUCGAAAAACGAGCGAUUGUUUUACUGCUGUCUUGUAGUAGGCUGGGAUCGGGAAAAACCCCAAACCAAAUUCAAAUUUCCCGCGCAUGCUAAAGUCCCCGAUCGGAUUGAAGACUUGUGUUAUCCGGAGGCGGCCAGUGGCCCACUUGAUAUCACCGAUAACGCCCAGUGUUACUCGUUGGUGAUAACGAACGAUAAGGGCGAACGCACCUUCGGGUAUUGUCGGCGGGUAAUCCCCGAAGGGUCCACGAAGUGUAUACCACUGGCCUACUGUAUUUUGAGCAAACAUCGAGCGCCCCGAUUUUAUAAGAAAAUUUUGGCCGAAUUGGAGACACGACAUGGAAUCCCUGACCGGGAACGCGACGAAUUAAUUAGUGCUUUUUAUUUUAAUAAGUUUCCAAGGCCAGGGGAAUCCAUCAAGAUUGACUUAAGCAGGUUUGAAGGCAGGUCACAUGACUACGAAAACGUCAAUCGAAUGACAGAACUGACCUUGACGUUACACCAUGACACUAGAUACGAGGAGGCGGAUUUGAAACCGCUCCAUACUCUACCGACUGAAAUUUUGCUACGAAUUUUUGCAAGUUUGUUACUCGAACGCAAGGUGGUUCUGAUCAGUUGUGUGAUCAGUAAAUUGUCGUGUUGUGUGGACGCUUUGCAGAGCAUUUUGUAUCCGUUUUCGUGGCCGCACACUUUUAUUCCGAUUUUGCCGCAGUGUUUGUGGGAUGUGGUGGAAUCCCCGACCCCUGUCAUUUGCGGUAUUUUAUCGGUUGCGAUUGUCAACGACCACAAAAUCGAAAAUGGAAUUGUUGUUGACUUGGAUACCGGUAAUAUAAUGAGUGAGGAAGGCGACGAGGACAGUAUUUUGUCCGAUAGUAUGAAAAAGGCCUGGAAUCAGAGCAUCGCAUUGGCUAAUACUGUGCCAAAGGAGGACUAUGUCCAUUCGGUGUAUUUGAGUGAUGCGUACAUUAAAGUGUUUAUUGUUUCGUUAAAGCAUUACAAGAAUCACAUUGUUGGGAAAAAUUUUGAGAAGGAGGCGUUUGUACGGAAUGGCAAGACUAAGGGCAUUCGGAGGUUUUUGAAGUGGUUUACUGAGACUUCUAUGUUUGUUUCGUUUAUUGAUAUGGUUAUAAGCAAUCCAGAUAGCUUUACUCUUUUUGAUAAGAAAAUUGAAAUGUAUGGGUCUGAUGAGUCUAAUGUCAUUCUGACGAAACUGUUGGAGUGGAAAAAGCAUUAGCACGUGUAUAUAGCAUUUUGUUAUUUUUGUAUAAUAAAUUAUUUUUACAAAA